CUUAUUACAACAACAACAACAACAACAAAAAACAGAAAUCCCUUCUUUUUUUUCACUUCUUUCUCUUCAUCAUCAUCACUGGAUCAUUAGUACAUCACAAUGUCCGAUCGUCGUAGUGGGAUGGUCCAGUCAAUUGGCUACCAUCACACUGGCUCGAUUGUAAGCAGGGCAGUUGCUGCUGCUGCUGCAAAUAACCACCAUUCGAGUCGAAGAGCAGGCAGAGGUUCUCGACGUUAUUCAGUAUCAGUAUUCUAUUCAAUGGCUGCAGAGCAAGACAUAGAAGUAGAAGACGAACUAGCUAAAGCACAACGCUCCUUGAGAGAAUUAAAGACAAUGAUAUCUGUCCAAUCCAAAAAGAAUUUUACACGUGAACAUGAUGUUCGUUUCCUUGAUGCUCGUAUUGGACUUUUGAUCCAAAGCAGAAUGGCCCUUGAAGAACAAAAUGAAGUCGUGUCUCGUUUAGAAGAGCACGAUGAAGACAAUGAUGGACACUACCCCGGCAAUCUCCAAAUGCAGCAAUACGGCAACCUAUUCUAUCUCCUACAGAGCGAACCUCGCCACAUUGCCACACUUUGUCGCCUGGUCAGCCUUUCGGAAAUCGACAGUUUACUCCAGACCGUGAUGUUCACACUCUACGGAAACCAAUACGAAAGCAGAGAAGAACAUUUGCUAUUGACUAUGUUUCAGAAUGUCCUCGCGUGGCAAUUCGAGACUACUCCCGAGUUCUCCUCCCUCCUGCGCGCCAAUACUCCUGUAUCGCGCAUGAUGACGACUUACACGCGACGUGGUCCUGGCCAGUCCUAUUUAAAGUCAUUGUUGUCUGAAAGAAUCAAUGAACUGAUUGUCCGUAAAGAUGCCAAUCUACAAAUCAAUCCACUCAAGGUCUAUGCAGAGAUCAUUGACGAAAUGGAAUCCAUGGGCACAUUGCCUGAAUACAUGCCCAGGAGUGUCACACCCGAGGUGGCAGCUGCAAAUCCUCAAGUGCAGGCCAUGAUCAAACCUCGCCUCGAGGCUUUGUUGGAGGUGGCAGAUGGGUUCCUGAGCACGAUUAUACACUCACUUGAUCAGAUUCCAUACGGUAUCCGUUGGAUCUGCAAGCAAAUCAGGUCCCUGACCAUGCGAAAAUACCCCAAUGCCACUGACGAUGCCAUCUCAUCUCUUAUUGGUGGAUUUUUUUUCUUACGGUUUGUCAACCCGGCAAUAGUUACUCCUCAAGCAUACAUGCUCGUCGAUGGUCUUCCGGGAAUUCAUCCCAGAACGACAGUUACAUUGAUUGCAAAAAUGAUUCAAAACCUGGCCAAUAAACCAAGUUAUGCCAAAGAAACAUACAUGAUUCCUACAAAUUCAUUUGUUGAAAACAACAAGGCACGAACAAGUGUGUUUUUAAACGAACUGUGUGAAGUGGGUGAUUUUUAUGAAUCGCUCGAGAUGGAUCAGUACAUGGCACUGUCCAAGAAAGAUAUCAUGAUCAGUAUAACUCCAAACGAAAUCUAUGCUACUCAGGCAUUGUUGGAACAACAUCUUCAAGUGCUGGCACCUAAGCCCAACGAUCAUUUGAGACUGCUGAUGUGUGAGGUUGGUCCGGCACCACCUCAAGUACCUCGCAAGGAAAACAAACCUCUUGAUCUUUCUCUGUUCAGUAGAUGGGAAAUGCCCAUUCAAGAUCUUACCAUGACACUCAUGUCCGAAAAUAAUAUUACUCAAAAUGACAUUCUUUACAUGGAGACAAAGGCCAUAUUUGUCCAGAUUAUUCGUACAAUCCCUACACUUGCCCGUCAGCCACUCCGAUUGGCUUUCCUAGCCGAAGCGGCGGGAACUUCCAAAGAUGCUCAGUUGGUGACCAAGGGUAUCAAGGUUAAGGAAAUGUUGCGUGAGCUGGAGACAGUCGGGAUUGUGGACCCUAAGGAUGGACACCGCUUCCUUGCACAGGAAAUCACACAGGAGCUGGCUCACUUGGGGGAUCUUAAACUCAAGGUGGUCAAGGAACUAGAGUCACUAGAGAGUGUGUACAAGACCAUUCAGGACCACAACAAUUACCUAAGAGGUCAGCUGGAAAGCUAUCGGGCCUAUCUUCAGAACGUGAGGUUCCAGACAAGUGGAGGCAACAAGUCAAACAACACAAAGCAGGUCGGAAUUGGAGUCGAGGUUGUCGAAGCAAAGACGAAUACAAAGAAGCAGGCAAAGGUCCAUGUGCAGGGUCCAUUCAAGUUCACUCAUCAGCAGCUCGAGAAAGACGGCGUGAUUGUAGCUACAGAAGUAUUGGAGAGUAUCAGGGUUAAUGUGUACCUGACCAUCUCUUCACCUCUUCCGGGAACAUUUAUCAUUGAAUUGAACUAUCGAGGACGCGAUAAACCGAUAUUGGAAAUUGAUCUCAAGUUGGAUGACUUGCUUGAAAAGCAACAGUACAAUAUACCCGUAUUAGAUCUAGAGUAUCUCAAACUCAAUGUGGGAAAGACACUUCAAUUGUUAACAAAGUCCUUUUUGCCAAAGUCAAAGUAA